AUGUGUAUCUCAAGAGACAAAUGGCACAAGCGCAGGGCCACUGGUGGCCGUAUGGCAGUACUGAGGAAGAAGAGAAAGUACGAACUCGGACGCCCACCAGCACACACCAAGCUCGGAGCCAAAAGAAUUCACACAGUGAGGACAAUGGGUGGAAACAAGAAGUACAGGGCUCUUCGACAGGAUCAUGGCAACUUCUCUUGGGGCAGUGAAGCGAUCACUCGCAAGACACGUGUCAUUGAUGUGGUGUACAACCCGUCCAACAAUGAGUUUGUGCGUACAAAGACACUGGUAAAGAGCUCCAUCAUACAGAUUGACUCCACCCCAUUCAGGCAGUGGUACGAGGCUCACUACGCCACACCCCUUGGACGCAAGAAGGGUGUCAAACUGUCUGAGGAAGACGAGGCAGUGCUGAACAAAGUGCGUUCAAAAAAGACUCAGAAGAAAUACGAUGAGAGGAAGAAACAAGCCAAAGUGGAGCAAGCCUUGGAAGAACAGUUUGCCACUGGGAGAGUUCUUGCCAAGAUCUCUUCUAGGCCAGGACAGUGUGGCCGAGUGGAUGGUUACAUCCUCGAAGGCAAGGAGUUGGAGUUCUAUUCCAGGAAACUGAAGUCCAAGAAGGCUAAAUAA